AUGAAGUAUUCUUAUCUGGCUUUAGGCGCUGCUGUCUUUGCUGGACAUGCGGCAGCUUUCCCUGCCCUUGCUGAAGAGUAUGCUAAGUUGGCUACUCGGAUUGCGAGUGGAGGGAAACGUCAAGCCGCCUCCCCUGGCUUCAACGCCGCUGCGCAGCGCAUAGAUGUUUCAGGCACACAUGCUUUCGUCCCUCCAGGAAGUGGGGACCAGCGAGGACCAUGUCCUGGACUUAAUGCUUUGGCAAACCAUAAUUAUCUCCCGCACAAUGGCGUUGGGACCAUCCAGCAAUUUAUUCAGGCCACGAACCGAGUGUAUGGGAUGGGUCUGGAUCUCGCAACAUUUCUAGCCACCUUCGGUGCCGUUAUGGCUGGAGAUCUAGUCUCUUGGUCUAUCGGAGGGCCACCAGGCUCAUCAGCUAUCCCUGGCGGCGUACUCGGCCAACCACAGGGCAUAUCGGGCUCCCACAACAAAUACGAGACCGACGGGUCGCCCACACGCGGUGACCUCUACCAAUACGGCAAUAACUUCCUCGUGCAACUGCCGCAGUUUGAAGAAAUGUACAACCUGCAAGCCGGUGUGCCAAAUGACCAAUCGAACUACGAUCUCCCCUUGUUGACCGAGUUCCGUUCGAGCCGCUUCGAGCAGAGCAUUGACAACAACCCCUAUUUCUUCUACGGUCCCUUUUCGGGUGUAGGCGUGCAGCCCGCCGCCUACACCUUCAUCUUCCGUUUUAUGGGGAACAAGAGCGCCGAGAGGCCAGAGGGUCAACUCACUAAGGAAGUACUUAAAUCUUUCUUUGCUAUCAGUGGCACGGAGGGCAACUUCACAUAUACGGCCGGCCACGAACGCAUCCCGGAGAACUGGUACAAGCGCGCCCCCGGCGACGAGUACACCAUUCCCUUCUACCAAAGCGACCUGAACGCCGCUGCCCUCCGACACCCGAAAUUCCUCAUCCCGGGUGGUAACACCGGCGAGACAAACACCUACACGCCAGUGGAUAUCGCGAACCUGACUGGUGGAGUCUACAACGCUCAGAACCUACUCCAAGGCAACAACCUUGCCUGCUUCGCCUUCCAGGCCGGAGCCCAGGCCACGCCGGAUAUCCUGAAGGGCCCGGUGAACGCUGCGCAAGCUGCCGCUGCGAGAGCGAGGGCGAACGCUUUGCUGGCUCCGCUGUUGGAUCGGCUGGGAUGUCCGAGAUUGCAAGAUAUUGAUGAGUCGCAGUUUGAGAAAUAUCCUGGUUAUGAGAAUUGCCCGGAUGGCUGUUCGAGGUAUUAG